GCCCUGCGAGCUAGAAGGGCGCCCAGCCAGAUAUAAGCCUCGCCGGCAUCUGUCACUAAGGAGUCAUACAAGUGCAGAGGGCACCUGGAGACUGGCACUGCCAAGCGAUGAGAUUGUGAGCCCCAUAACAGAGAACUGAACUACAGGCUCCCCCCAAAACUGAAGACAUGAAGACGGUGUUGUUGUGGGUAUCAGUGCUGCAGCUGGUGAGAUUGGCAGUGCCCGGCAAAUUCCCAGAUGUAGAGAAGGAGCCAAAGUACUGGAGAGACCAUGGCCGUCAGACCCUAGAAGAAGCCCUGAGACUGCAGAGUCUGAACAUGAACAAAGCCAGCAAUCUCAUCCUGUUCCUGGGAGACGGAAUGGGAAUCUCCACGGUCACCGCUGCCCGGAUCCUGAAAGGACAGAUGAACGGAGAACCUGGAGAAAACCACCGCCUGGAGAUGGAGAAAUUCCCCUUCGUGGCCCUUUCCAAGACGUAUAACACAGACUCCCAGGUCCCGGACAGCGCGGGAACGGCCACUGCUUUCCUGUGUGGUGUGAAGACCAAUAAAGGCGUCCUGGGGCUGAGCGCCGCCGCCGAACUAGGCGUCUGCAACACGUCCAGAGGCAACGAGGUGGACUCCAUCCUGAAGUGGGCGAAGGCGGCAGGGAAAUCUGUGGGUGUGGUAACAACCACCAGGAUCAAUCACGCCACCCCAGCCGCGGCGUACGCCCACAGCGCUGAUCGUAACUGGUAUUCAGACGCUGAUAUGCCACCGGACGCCACCUCUCAGGGCUGCAAAGAUAUCGCCUGGCAGCUGAUAAACAACAUACCAGAUAUGGAGGUGAUUCUGGGCGGGGGCAGAAAAUACAUGUACCCCAAUGGCACCGCAGAUGUAGAGUACCCCCAGAAUCCCAAGGCCAACGGCACAAGGCUGGACGGACUGGACCUGGUGGAUCUCUGGCACAAGAGGAAGCCGCCCUCAAAGGUCUCUCGAUAUGUCUGGAACAGGACUCAGUUGAUGGAGAUUGACCCAAGUAAGGUGGAUUAUCUGAUGGGUCUUUUUGAGCCGGAUGAUCUCCAAUAUGAGCUGGAGAGAAAUACCUCUACCGACCCUGCCCUGUCCGAGAUGGUCGCAGUCUCCAUCCGCAUCCUCCAGAAAAACCCCAGAGGCUUCUUCCUGCUGGUGGAAGGCGGACGGAUCGACCAUGCCCAUCAUGCUGGAAGGGCGAGCCUUGCCUUACACGAAGCUAUAGAGAUGGACAGAGCGGUGGGCCUGGCUGGGACCUUGACCUCAGAGAAGGACACGCUGACCCUGGUUACUGCUGACCACUCCCAUGUCUUCACCCACGGGGGCAACCCGCCCAGAGGGAACCCCAUAUUAGGUUUGGCCCUGGGACUGAGUGAGAUAGAUAAGAUGCCUUACACCGCCAUCCUCUAUGGGAAUGGACCCGGCUUCAAGAUAGAUGGAGGGAAGCGAGAGAACAUCACAGGCGUUGACACAGCGGAUGUUAAGUACCUCCCCCAGUCAGCGGUGCCCCUCAAAUCAGAGACUCAUGGAGGAGAGGACGUCGCCAUCAUGGCUAAAGGCCCCAUGGCUCAUCUCCUGCACGGCGUGGUGGAGCAGAGCUACAUACCAUAUGCCAUGGGUUAUGCAGCCUGCAUUGGUCCCAACCUGGACCACUGUGGCGGACACAAAGGACAUGGACGACCCUCACCCUGGUUCAAGACUUCGCCAUGAGGCCCCCCCCCCCCCCCCCCAGUGUAACAACCAGCCAAUCACUGGGACAUGAUACUAAAGGGUCAAGUCCCAUGUACAUGAAUCGCCAUGUAAUGGAAAGUUCUGCAACUUUAUAUGUCAAUUCAUCACCGUUUUCAAGAUCUCUGCUGGAUGUCAGUGAAUAGAAGGGAACCUUCAGUUUGAUAUU